AUGGGUCAAAUUCUAUCUAAUCCUAUCAUCGAUAAAGAACAUCAUUCUGGGAAUGAUAUUCUAACAGCAUUUGGGUUAUGUGCCAUGCAAGGUUGGCGUAUGUCCAUGGAAGAUUCCCAUAUUGUGGAAUUGAAUAUUUCCAAUACUGGAGAUGACAAAGAAGCUACCAAGGACGAUUCUGAGAAAGAUCAUCUGGCUUAUUAUAGUGUGUUUGAUGGUCAUGGUGGUUCAGGUGUAGCUCAAUAUUGUGGUGACAAUAACGUUCGUGUAUUGAGAGAGCAAGAAAAUUUCAAAAAAGGGAAUUACGAACAAGCUAUGAUCGAUACUUUUUUGGCAUUAGAUGAAGAAUUAUUAAAAGAUCCAAUUUUAAAGAAUGAUCACAGUGGUUGUACUGCAACCACUCUUUUAAUCUCUAAAUUACAAAAUUCAAUUAUCUGUGCUAAUUCAGGUGAUUCAAGAACAGUAUUAAGUUCCAACGGUAUUGCCAAGGCUUUAUCAUUUGAUCAUAAGCCAACUCUGGCAAGUGAAAAAUCUCGUAUUGUUGCUGCUAAGGGGUUUGUAGAAAUGGACCGUGUCAAUGGUAAUUUAGCUCUUUCAAGAGCUAUUGGUGAUUUUGAAUUUAAAUUAAAUAAUGACUUAUCACCAUAUGAACAGAUAGUUACAUGUGUACCAGAUAUCAUCAAGCACGAAUUAGAUUAUAAAAAUGAUGAAUUUGUUAUUCUAGCUUGUGAUGGUAUUUGGGAUUGUUUAUCUUCACAAGAUUGUGUUGAUAUCAUUCAUUACGCUAUCAACAAUACAACUAUGAACUUGAAUGAAAUUUCCUCCAAGAUUAUUGAUGUUUGUUGUUCUCCUACUACUGCAGGUACCGGUAUUGGUUGUGAUAAUAUGAGUAUAGUAAUUGUAGCUCUUUUAAAAGAUGGGGAAUCCAUUGAAGAAUGGUCCUCAAGAAUAAGGAAUAAGAAUAAGAAUUCAACAAAUAAAACCAAUAAAACUAACCAAGAUAUUUCUUUUGAAGAAAGAAGAAAGAAAAUUUAUCCAUCUUUUGCAUUUCCAAAUGAUGAUAUUUUCGCUAUAACUACUAAAAAAAUUAAUCAUAAUGAUGACAUGGAUAUUGAUGAAACCGAUGAUGAUGCUGCAGGAUCUGAAAAUGGUAACAAACGUGGCAAUAAGUCUAGAUCAACUGGUGGUGUUACUGCUAGAAAUGGUGGUGGCCCAGUUGAUUUGUUCUCUCUUGAAGCUCUUUUAGGUGCUGGCGGUAUUCAAAUUAGUCAAGGUCCAAACGACCAAUCUUUUAUUCAUGGUGCUGCUUUGAAUGAAAUGUUAGCUUCUUUAAGUGGUGGUAAUCGUGACAUACACGAAACUGAAAAUUCAAGUUCUAGUGUUGGUAAAAAACAAAUAAUCGAAGAAGAUGAAGAUGGAGAUUCAAAAAUAGAAGAUGUUACUGAUGAUGUCAAGAUUGAAGAAGUUUCUAAUGAUGUCAAAAUUGAAGAAAUUUCUAAUGAUGACAGUACAUCAAAGAAAUAG